CGACUUUUCAAGCUUUACCUCACUUAUUCAAGCUAUCAAAUUGAUCCUGUACUCAUCCUACUAUAUUCCGAACACGUUAACCUAAAUUUCAACUUCACUGAUACUUCCGAACAUCCCAAUAUGGACUGCGUACCUUUCCCUGUGGUCUGCUUCCAAUGCGGAACUGACCAGAACCCAUGCCAUUGCAAAGUGGUCGGCCCCACACUCGGAUUCAUUGUUACGGUCUGCGCUGCUAUUGUUUGCUGGCCAGCAUCUCUUCUUUGCUGCUGCUGUGCAACGGAUGCUGGAAAAUCUGUGCUCGCAGCGCCGGUGGAUAUGGGGAACAGUGUCAACAGAGCUAUCCCAAUCUGAUAUUACCACCACUACGAAUCACCGGAGCGAACGUGAAAUGGUUUAUAGUGUCAGUUUACAGUAUCUCUGACAAUGUGUGUUCUGGAUGAUUCGGCCAAUAGGAC